CUCUCGCGCACACACGCGCGUCAAGAUAAUAUAUAUCCGCACACAUCGAGAUCAUAAUGCAUUGGAUGGAGAGGGUGUCUCCGGGCGGCAGCUUGCGUGGAUCUUGUUACUCCUAGCUCGGAUAGCGCCGGUGCCACGGAGAGGCGGACGGAGGGAGAACGAGCCUUGAACAACUCUGGAUGCUCUGACCUCGAGGGCUGUGAUAAGAAAUGGCUUUGGGGAACAACACGCAGCGAAGUUACUCCAUCAUCCCAUGCUUCAUCUUCGUCGAGCUCGUCAUUAUGGCCGGGACUGUCCUGCUCGCCUACUACUUUGAGUGCACGGACACUUUCCAAGUGCACGUCCAAGGCUUCUUUUGUCAAGAUGGAGACCUGAUGAAACCUUACCCGGGAACGGAGGACGAAAGCUUCAUACCCCCUCUCGUCCUCUACUGUGUGCUGGCCGCGACCCCAACGGCAAUUAUUUUUAUUGGAGAGAUAUCCAUGUACUUCAUCAAGUCAACUAGAGAAAGCCUGAUUGUCCAGGAGAAAACCAUUUUGACAGGAGAAUGCUGUUACCUGAAUCCGUUACUUCGGAGAAUUAUUCGAUUUAUAGGAGUGUUUGCGUUUGGCCUUUUCGCCACCGACAUAUUUGUAAAUGCUGGCCAGGUGGUGACGGGGAACUUGGCCCCCUAUUUCCUGACUGUGUGUAAACCCAACUACACUGGGAGUGACUGCCGGGCUCACCUACAGUUUGUGAACAAUGGGAAUGUCUGCACCGGUGACCAAGAUGCGAUUGAGAAGGCAAGGAGGUCCUUUCCAUCAAAACAUGCUGCUUUAAGCAUUUAUUCAGCCUUAUAUGCUACAAUGUACAUCACGAGCACAAUCAAGACAAAAAGCAGUCGACUCGCCAAGCCCGUCUUGUGCCUGGGGACUCUUUGUGCCGCCUUCCUUACUGGGCUCAACCGAGUUUCUGAGUAUCGAAACCACUGUUCGGACGUCAUUGCAGGCUUCAUCUUGGGGAGUGCGGUCGCUCUUUUCCUGGGAAUAUGCGUGGUUCAUAAUUUCAAAGGAACACACGGAGCUCCUUCUAAAUCGAAGCCCGACGAGCAACGAGGAAUGCCCCUGAUGGCGUUUCCCAGAGUGGAAAGUCCUUUGGAGACGUUGAGUGCACAGAAUCAUUCUGCCUCCAUGACUGAAGUAACCUGAUCUGAAAGAUGGCAAAAGAAGCUAUUUUUUAUCGCCCUCCGGUACACAAUACUCCCACAGCGACACACAGUUAUACUAAUUGUCAAAACUGUGACGACCAGUAUUAUGUUAUGUCUAGUUAGAAGCUAAUGUUUUGUACAUUUUUGUAUGAGGAAGUGAUGUAGCUCACCCUGGAAUCCCCCCCCUCCUUCCACUUUUUUGGUCAGCUUUAAUAUAUUUAUGCCAGAAUUUAAGACAAAAGGGAGGAGCGGGGGAACAAAAAUUAAAACAAAAAAAAGCGAGAGACCUUUUCUUGUUUUAAAAUGUGUUCUGAGGCACUACAUCUUUGGGAAUUGUUGAUGUUUUGUGAUAUUUGUACACAGACCUUUUUCGGUUUUGUUUUAUAUACAAUAAAUUAAAUGAGAAUUCUAAUACU